UUUCACCUGAGAACAAAAUAAGCAAGCUUCACCAGUAGUGACACACAGCCAGACAUUUAAAGGACAUACUUUUCCUUUGGAUUACUUCUUCACUUUCAGGUUUUUAAUGGAGCCUGUAUUCAUAAGCAUGGGGCUAAAGCUGCUUGUGCUGUUUCUGGUAACAUUUCAGCUGAAGACAGAGGCGAUGCAGGUGACAUCUUCGGGGCCACAGACCAUCCAGAAGCCCCUGGGUGAUACAGUCACACUAGGAUGCACCUACACUCCCAGCCCCCAAGACACUGGAGAACUGGACAUUGAAUGGUCUAACGUCAGCCCGGACAUGACACAGAAAGAUAAACUGAUCUUAUCAUACACAGGGGGCCAGAUACACCACUACGGUGACGCCAGCAUCUCCAAAAGGCUCAAAUUCAUAGCAGAACCCAAGCAGGGAGACGCUUCCAUCUCUCUCUCUGAUGUGAAACUCUCAGACACAGCCACCUACCAGUGCAAAGUCAAGAAGGCGCCAGGUGUCGACAUGCGAAAAGUCACACUUGUGGUGAUGGUGCCCCCAUCGGUGCCAAAGUGUUGGGUGGAAGGCGCGGAGGAGAAAGGCGGCACCGUCUCACUCCGUUGCAAAUCCUCUCAGGGAUCCACUCCUCUUAGUUAUAUGUGGAGAAAAGAAAGCGGAGGUUCAAUGCCGUCCACUGCAACCCAAGACGCACAAACUGGGGAGCUUUUGAUCAAGAACCAUACAGACAGCUAUGUUGGAAGUUACUUGUGUGAGGUAAAAAAUGCUGUCGGCAAAGCACAGUGUAAAUAUGCACUGCAUGCAUACAACCCUACCAAUAAAGUGGGUGUCAUAGUUGGGGCGGUGAUAGGUGCUCUGCUUCUGCUGCUGCUGCUCCUGCUCCUCAUCUGGCUCCUGAUCUGCUGCUGUCACAAGCGGCGGUAUGAGAAGGAGGUUGCAAAUGAAAUAAGGGAGGACGUCCCGGCCCCUGAGAGCCGACCCUCCAGCAGAAACUCCAGCUUCCGCUCAGUGGUGGGCUACCGCACCCACCCCGGGGUGGAAUACAGCUCAGUGAGGAACCACCUGCCCAGCAUCAGUGAAUCUGGCCACGGAGUCAUCUACACAGGCGGGAACAACACAGGAACCACUGCAGGGGACAAACCUCCACUCCAAUAUGACCACCGAUAUGGAUACCCAGUGUAAAUAAUACAGAUACUCCUCAUAGACUGUUUACUUCAAGUACAAAACUCUAAAGAAGGGACAUUUUUAUUCACUUUCAGUAUAAAACAUAUUGUAAAGAAUACUGUCUGCACAGUAUCUAUGUGACAAACUGUGCACAGGUGCAUUGUAAUGUAUUUAACUGGAGAAUAAUGGCAUGUUAAUAGCAGAGUGCUGGUAUAAGACUACUGGAGACUCGUAAAAUCUUACCUCAGCUCUUCAGCAAACAUAAAAUAUACAGCUGGCUGACUUUCAUGAUGCACUGUAGCAUAAUGUAUCAUUGCUAUGGUAUGAAAAACAAUGGUUCUCAUAAUCUAAGCCAUUAGUGACUCAGUAUAAUGUAUGUAAAAUGUAUAUAGCAGAUGGCUUGUAUUUUUAUUUUUGGUGCUUUUUUUUCUAUGAUGCAUAAG